AUGACUCUGAGACAAGGACAGACCCAACCACAGAACCUGGAGAUGACUCUGAGACAAGGACAGACCCAACCACAGAACCUGGUGAUGACUCUGAGACAAGGACAGACCCAACCACAGAACCUGGUGAUGACUCUGAGACAAGGACAGACCCAACCACAGAACCUGGAGAUGACUCUGAGACAAGGACAGACCCAACCACAGAACCUGGAGAUGACUCUGAGACAAGGACAGACCCAACCACAGAACCUGGUGAUGACUCUGAGACAAGGACAGACCCAACCACAGAACCUGGAGAUGACUCUGAGACAGACCUGA